AUGUCUGAACUAUCAAUCCAUCCAACUCCACCUAACACAGAAUCUGCAAUGCGAUCUCACAAAGAAAUUGCCCAAAAAUACCUUCCAAUACCAGCUAUAUCAGUUUCCAGUGAAAGAUUAUUUUCGAAUACCAGAAAAUUGAUUAGCUCUAAAAGAACAAGCUUAGAUCUGGCCUUAGUAGACAAUUUUAAAGAUAAACAUUUUAUUAAAAAUUCAUGGGAACUGCAUAAUAUGAUGAAUAAGGAUUAUAAUCUGAAUAAUUCUUAUCCUCAAUCCGAAAUAUAUUACAGAUCUAUCUGUUUAAAAUUGACAGAUAAGGAUAUCCAUAUUUUAUCUGAAUUUCGAGAUACAACCAUGAUUGUUUAUUCACAAGAGACUGAUUCAAUUCUUUUCAGACAGCAUACUUCCAAAACAGACCCAUCUGAAGAUAACAACACUUCAAUUUUUUCUGACCAACCUAAUCUUGAAAUUGGUAACACUUUAUUUGAAAUUUUAGCUUUUAGUCUACUUAAUAUAUUCUGCCAAGAUGCAAUAUUGUUUGAGAUCACAACAUUUGUUGUGAAUAGUCCCGAAAUUUUCUCUGUGGCUAAUAUGAUAUAUCAAAGUAAACAAAUAAGCAGGAGCCAAUCUUCUAUAUCUAAAGAGCUUCUUAUCAAAAAACUAUUAAAACUAUUAUUAAGUCAAGAUAAUGAGAAACAAUCAAUCAGUGAAUCAACUUUAGAUCUUGAAGAGUUAAAAUGCUUAUUUCUUCAUACUCAGAAUUCAUCACAAGCAGCAUUCGAUCAACUAGUAGCUAUGAUAUUGCCAAAUUCUAAGCUUGCUGAUGAUGACUUCCAACAACUUCUUAAAAAGUCUAAAGGGAUGUUUAGGUACAAAAAGGUUUUACAAAAAUAUCUUUUAAAUGCUCAAGAAUCCAAGUUCAUAGAAGUAAUACAAAAUGCAUUAAAAAGAUUCAUUCAAACAGUAUUUAAAGUACAUGUCAUUCACACUUACAAAGAAAUCCAACAGGAGUUUAGUUUAUACAAGAAAGUGCUAGAAGAUAUCAAAAAUAUGAAUUCUACUACUCAAUCACUUGAUAUUCUAACACGUGAAAAGUCAAAUAUAUUAAGAUUAUUUUUGUAUAAUAGCGAUAGUAAUUAUUUAAAUUUUCAAAGAUAA